AUGAAGACGACGUGGAAGGAUAUUGCGCCGGUGCCGACGUCGCAAGAGUUUCUUGAUAUCGUGCUCUCGCGCACACAGCGCCGACUACCUACCCAGAUCCGCGCCGGAUUCAAAAUCUCCCGUAUUCGAGCCUUCUACAUUCGAAAAGUCAAGUACACCUCCGAGACCUUCGCCGAGAAGCUCAGUGCGAUUCUCGACGGAUUCCCUCGACUGAACGACAUCCAUCCCUUCCACAAGGAUCUGCUCAAUACCCUAUACGAUGCAGACCACUUCCGGAUUGCGCUGGGGCAGCUGAACACCGCGAAGGGCUUGAUCGAGACCCUUGCGAGAGAUUACAUCAGGUUGCUGAAGUAUGGACAAAGCUUGUUUCAGUGCAAGCAGCUCAAGAGGGCGGCGUUGGGACGGAUGGCGACGAUUUGCAAAAGGCUGAAGGACCCGCUCGUGUAUUUGGAGCAAGUGCGACAACAUUUGGGUCGUCUGCCCGGAAUCGACCCGAACACAAGGACUUUGCUUAUUUGCGGAUACCCUAAUGUCGGGAAGAGUUCGUUCUUGAGGAAUAUUUCAAGAGCCGAUGUGGAUGUGCAGCCCUACGCUUUCACAACGAAGAGCUUGUUUGUGGGACAUUUCGACUACAAGAUGUUGCGAUUCCAAGCGAUCGACACACCGGGUAUCCUAGACCAUCCGCUGGAAGAGAUGAACACGAUUGAGAUGCAGAGUAUCACGGCUAUUGCUCAUCUUCGAAGUGCGAUCAUGUACUUCAUGGAUCUGAGCGAGCAGUGUGGAUAUAGCGUUCACGACCAGAUGAAGCUAUUCGAGAGCAUCCGGCCGCUAUUCGCAAACAAAUUGGUCUUCAUCGUCAUCAACAAGAUCGACGUGAUGCGACCAGAAGACCUGGAUGCAGAGACGCAGGAGAAACUGCAAAAAUUGCUCAAGAGCUCAAACGUGGAGCUUCUCCAGCUUUCUUGCACUACCACCGAGGGCCUAAUGAACGUUAGGAAUGCGGCUUGCGACAGAUUACUGGCGGAGCGAAAUGCGCAGAAGUUGAAAGCGGGUACAAAUGCGACUGGCGAAGUUACGGGCAGGCUCGGCGAUGUGCUUAGGAGAAUUCACGUUGCCCAGCCCAUGGGUGGUGUAACGCCGUGGAAGCCAGAAAUUCCAGAAGCCGCGAAGAACAAGAUGAAAUACGACAAGGACGAUCCCGACCGACCCAAGCUCAUGCGCGACAUCGAAGAGGAGAACGGAGGAGCCGGUGUGUUCAACAUCAACCUCAAGGACCAGUAUCUGCUCGAGAACGACGAAUGGAAGAACGAUAAGAUCCCAGAGACACUCGACGGGAAAAACGUGUACGACUACAUCGAUCCAGACAUCGAGGCCAAGCUUGCGGCGCUGGAGGAGGAAGAGGCUCGACUGGAAGACGAAGGAUACUACGACGAAGACGAGGAGCUGGAGGAUGCGGAGGAAGCGGAUGUCAGCUACAAGGCAGAGCUGAUUCGGGAGAAGCGACAGCUGAUUCGCAACGAGAACAAGAUGCGCAAGUCCCUCAAGAACCGAGCCGUCAUCCCCCGGUCCAAGAAGGCAGUCGAGCUGGAGAAGAUGGAAUCAGCGCUAGAAAACGCGGGCUACGACACAUCUGCCAUUUCGGCUCGUGCUCGAUCAGCAUCACGGCCACGCGUGAGAAGUCGAGCCGGCACAGAGGACGCCUCAAACGCUGGAGCUGGAGGUGAUGAUGCGAUGGACGUUGACGAGACUCCAAAGGAACGUCUUGCGCGCAGCUUGUCUAUGGCUCGGAACAGGACACAGAGCACGAACAGAAGGGAAGACGGAGUCACGAGCCUCACGAGCAGAAGCAAGGCCGACCGUCUAGCCAAGUUGGGGCAGAAGAAGAUGAACCGCAUGGCGAGACAGGGUGAGGCAGACAGGCACACGACUGCGGCCAAGUCCAAGUGGCUGCUUGCGGGCAAGAGAGGUAUGGGAAGUACGAGAAGUCGUUAA